UGUGUGUGUGUGUGUACACAGUGGGUACGGAAGAUAUUCAGACCCACUUUCACUCUUUUUUAUAUUGCAGCCAUUUGCUAAAAUCAUUUAAGUAAAUUUUUUUCCACAUUAAUGUACACACAGCACCCCAUAUUGACAGGGAAAAAAAACUGAAUUGUUGAAUUUUUUGCAGAUUUAUUAAAAAAAUAAACUGAAAUAUCACACAGCCAUAAGUAUUCAGACCCUUUGCUCAGUAUUUCGUAGAAGCACCCUUUUGAGCUAAUACAGCCAUGAGUCUUUUUGGGAAUGAUGCAACAUGUUUUUCACACCUGAAUUUGCCAUUCCUCCUUGCAGAUCCUCUCCAGUUCUGACAGGUUGGAUGGUGAAAAUUGGUGGAUAGCCAUUUUCAGAUGCUGAAUUGGGUUUAAGUCAGGGCUAUUCAAGAACAGUCACAGAGUUGUUCUCAAGCCACUCCUUCGUUAUUUUAGCUGUGUGCUUAGCGUCAUUGCCUUGUUGGAAGGUGAACCUUCGGCCCACUCCGAGGUCCUGAGCAAUCUGGAGAAGGUUUUCGUCCAGGAUAUCCCUGUACUUGGCUGCAUUCAUCUUUUCUUCGAUUGCAACCAGUCGUCCUGUCCCUGCAGCUGAAAAACACCCCCACAGCAUGAUGCUUCCACCACCAUGCUUCACUGUUGGGACUGUAUUGGACAGGUGAUGAGCAGUGCCUGGUUUUCUCCUACACAUGUCCCUUAGAAUUAAGGCCAACAAUUUCUAUCUUGGUCUUAUCAGACUAAAUCUUAUUUCUCACCAUCUUCGAGUCCUUCAGGUGUUUUUUAGCUAACUCCAUGCGGGCUUUCAUGUGUCUUGCACUGAGGAGAGGCUUCCGUCGGGCCACUCUGCCAUAAAGCCCCGACCCCACAGUGAUCUUUGGGUUCUUCUUUACCUCUCUCACCAAGGCUCUUCUUCCCCGAUUGAACAGUGUGGCCAGACGGCCAGCUCUAGGAAGGGUUCUGGUGGUCCCAAACGUCUUCCAUUUAAGGAUUAUGGAGGCCACUGUGCUCUUAGGAACUUUAAGUGUAGCAGAUUUUUUUUUGUAACCUUGGCCAGAUCUGUGCCUUGCCACAAUUCUGUCUCUGAGCUCUUCAGGCAGUUCCUUUGACCUCAUGAUUCUCAUUUGCUCUGACGUGCACUGUGCGCUGUAAUGUCUUAUAUAGACAGGGGUGUGGCUUUCCUAAUGAAGUCCAAUCAGUAUAAUCAAACACAGCUGGACUCCAAUGAAGUCUAGAACCAUCUCAAGGAUGAUCAAAAGAAAUGGGCAGCACCCAAGUUAAAUAUAUGAGUGUCACAGCAAAGGGUUUGAAUACUUAUGGCAUGUGUGAUAUUUCAGUUUUUUUUUUUUAAAUCUGCAAAACUUUCAACAAUUCUGUUUUUUUUUCUGUCAAUAUGGGGUGCUGUGUACAUUAAUGAGGGAAAAAAUGAAGUUAAAUGAUUUUUGCAAAUGGCUGCAAUAUAACAAAGAGUGAAAAAUUUAAGGGGGUCUGAAUACUUUCCGUACCCAAUGUGUGUGUAUAUGUGUGUGUGUGUGUGUGUGUGUGUAUAUAUAUAUAUAUAUAUAUAUAUAUAUAUAUAUAUAUAUAUAUAUAUAUACACGUGCGUGCGUGUGUGUGUGUGUACACACACGCACGUAUAUUUUCAUGCACUGAACUCAAAGGUGUGUAUUUGUGUGUGUGAAAAGUCGCUAAAUUAUUAAAUGUGAAAACAGCUCCAAUUCAAUUCACUUUUUCUCAUCAAUUAUAUGGAAUUCAUUGUUGAGUUUAUUAAAAAAAUAUAUUAUUGUCCCAAACGUGUCAAGAAUGUAUUGCUCACAUACGGUUGCCACACAAUGUACAUUUAGGAUUUGACCCCGAACAACAAUUUCUUGUGUAUAAGAAAAAUAAAUACAACAUGAUGUGCAUACUCUAAUCUGAAACAAUUGGUGUGUUUUAUGUGACUAUAAUUUAAAACAGUAUCUGGCUAUACAACAGAAGAGUGCUCGAGAAAAAUACUAUUAAAGCCAUUUGCCCUUGCAGCUUGGUUAAACAGCUUUGGACCUGAUCAGAUCUGAUGUCAGUGAAGAAGAGGUUUAUCAGUGGAGUAAAACACUGAAAGAUUUUAUGUUAGUAAGUAUAAUUGAUUCCUCCCAUGGGGUUUUUGCAGGACUGGAAUGGUUGAAUAAAUUAUUUCUAAUAUCCCUCUGAAAUCAGAGAGAACAGUCAUGACCAAACACAUUUAAUUUUGAAUUCUAUGUCAGAUUUUAAUGCAUUUUUCUAUGUGAUGUCCUGGAAGAUUCUAGCAUCUGCCAUAACUAAGUAACUGUCGGGUUAAUAAGCUUCAGUGAACCUGACUUCAGGUUAAAAGGUAAGUUGGAGCCUAUGGGGAGAGAUAAAUCUCAAAAUUAUUUGCAUGGGUUUUUCAAACCCACCACAUGUGUUUUGUUUUUUGUUGUUGUUAUUUUUAUUUUUUUAUGUUGUGUGUGCAUUUAUCAUGACUUAUCAUUUGAAAAUAUUCAACUGUGCCUGUGAAUUGUUGAAGGUGCGUGUGCGGAUCAGCGGGCAUUUACUUCGGCUAAGCAAAAGUAGAGAAAUGGGAAAGUAUUUAUGAAUCAAGAAAUGUGGACAAGAAAGUAUAACAUAUAAAAGAAAUAUUCAUGUAUGGGUAAACAUUUCAAUUGGAAAUGGUAACUUGAAGCGGAAUUGAUUGAUGGAUAAUUAUGAAGUGCAAAAUAUGAGAGAGGAGCUAAUUACAGCGAGAUUUAAGCCAAUAUCUUUAUUUAAAAAUAUGUAUAUAUUUGGUUUUAUCAAAGCGAACAGUUUUUAAAUGCAAGACAGUAGUAGCAGUAAACACUACAGACCACAGGGUGGCGAUUGUGCGUUAUCCUUUUACAAACCGCCUUUAAACACAAAGAAGAAGCCGAACCACAACAUUAUGACUAUUGAUGGGUGUCGUUCGCUUUGAACCCGAAGGCAGCUGGGACCAGGCUCCGGCUCACCUGCAACCCUGAUCAGGACAGAAAUGAGGUCAAGCUGUCACAACAUGGCUGAACAUUUCCACAUAAACACACCCUUACUGGAGAGUGCUGCAAUGUCCAAACGUGUGGGAACCACUGUGUAUCUGAAAAUGGAGAAUUCCCAGCCCUCUGGUUCUUUCAAGAUCCGCGGCAUUGGGUACUUAUGCCAACAGCUUAUGUCGGAGUCAAAGGACAAAGGAUUUGUCUGCUCCUCAGGUGGUAAUGCUGGAAUGGCAGCUGCCUAUGCCACCCAAAAAAUGGGUAUGCCAGCCACCAUAGUAAUUCCCUCAUCAACACCUCACUUUGUUGUCCAGAGACUUGAGGAUCAAGGUGCUACUGUCAAGAUAGUGGGCAAGGUUUGGGAUGAUGCUAACGCUGAGGCUCUCAGACUCGUCGAAACAGAGGGACUUGCCUAUGUGUCCCCGUUUGAUCAUCCCCUUAUAUGGAAGGGAAAUUCUAGUCUGAUCACAGAAGCUGCAGCCACUCUCGGUCCAACUGUCAAGCCUGGAGCAGUGCUGAUAUCAGUGGGUGGAGGUGGGCUCCUCUGUGGGGUUGUCCAGGGCCUGAAGGACGUAGGCUGGAUGGAUGUUCCCGUCAUCGCCAUGGAAACAGUUGGUGCAGACUGUUUGAAUGCUUCAGUUAAGGCAGGAAGGAUAGUCACCUUGGAUGACAUCACCAGUGAAGCUAAAAGCCUUGGCGCAAAGACAGUUUGUGUGAAAGCAUUUGAGUACAGUCAGAGCAAUGAGGUCACAAUCAUUUCUGAAGUGGUGACUGACCAGCAGGCUCUUCAUGCUAUGGAGACAUUCCUGGAUGAGGAACAUGUACUUGUGGAAAUGGCAUGUGGAGCAACACUUGCAGCUGUCUACAGUGGAGUUGUGCACCGAUUACAGGCUGAAGGUCAUCUACCGCUUCUCUUGGGCCCCCUGCUGGUAAUAGUGUGUGGAGGCAGUAACAUCGACGCAGAGCAACUGUCCAUUCUCAAACAGAAGCUGCAGAGAAACUAAAUGUUUUGGAGAGUAGUAAGUGUAGUUAGCACAACAGGAAAUAAUAUAUUGUAAGAAAUAAGUUAACAUAGCUGUCAAUUUAUAAAUGUAUGCAAGAAAAGUAAGCUUUUGAAGUGGUUUUGAUUAACUAAAUUUAAAAAGUUGAUCUAAUAAAAUCUGAAUGAAAUAUGAUAACAUUGUACAGUAUUAUGUAUAUUUUUUGACGUAUUUUUGGGUUUCCAAUAAAAGAUCAAUUACCAUGCCUGCCCA